GAAGCGUUUCGCAGCCGUCAUCAUGAGAAUUCGAGAGCCUAAGACCACGGCCCUUGUGUUCGCCAGUGGAAAGAUGGUCGUUACUGGUGCCAAGAGUGAGGAUGACAGCCGUCUUGCCAGCCGCAAGUACGCUCGUAUCAUCCAGAAGCUCGGUUUCAACGCCAAGUUCACCGACUUCAAGAUCCAGAACAUUGUCGGCUCUUGCGACAUCAAGUUCCCCAUCCGUCUGGAAGGUCUUGCCAGUCGCCAUCACACUUUCUCGUCCUACGAGCCUGAACUCUUCCCUGGUCUCAUCUACCGCAUGAUGAAGCCCAAGAUUGUCCUGCUCAUCUUCGUCAGUGGCAAGAUCGUCCUGACAGGAGCCAAGGUCCGUGAAGAAAUUUACCAAGCCUUCGAGCUCAUCUACCCCGUCUUGUCCGAUUUCAGAAAAUCCUAGACGUUCAUACCCUGGGAUGGAUGAUGAUCUGGCCAUGGGAUGGUCAGACAUCAUCACUUCUUCCAAACCCCUCAGGCGGAUCCCAACCUGAACU